AUGGGCAAUAGUUCGUCAAAGGGCGGGACCAAUUUAAAGUCGACCAAGUCUAAGAAGGUACACGACAGUCGAAACAACAAUGUAGUAUACAAUGUACCAGGAACUAGAUCACAACUUACCUCUGGUACAAGUGAGAAUGCGCAAAGCAAUGCUGUUUCCAAAUAUACAUCAUCGGAGAUGAGCAGGAGGAGUGAUUCCAUUGUUGAUAACCUACCAAAUCAGAAGAAGAAGAAGGGUCGUAGGUCGAGCUUGGCCAAGGGCGACAAGCAGAAAUCGACAUUCUCAUUGAGGAAAAUGG